GAAAGACAGUCUCAAAUCAAGGACCUGCCAGCAAUGGCUGUGACAGAUGUUUUCUGCCACAAGUCACCUUUGUCUGACCUCACACACCAGUUAAAGAACUCUGAAGUGGAUGAGUCGUCCUCUCUGCCUCCAUCCUCACUAGCCCGCCCACCCUUGUCUCUCUCCCUAACCUCCUCAUUCUCCUCAGAAGCUCACAAACCAGGAUCCCUGCUGCUGCUGAGAGCCGCCCAGCCCAGCCGGUGCUGCCAGCUCCACACAGGAUGGCCUGCUCCGUACAUCUGGUCCUCUUCCUCACCAUCUUGCUGAGCCUGGCAGAAACACCGGAAUCUGCACCUGCUCACAGGGGACGAGGAGGCUGGACCCUCAAUAGUGCUGGUUACCUCCUGGGUCCUGUCCUCCCCCUUUCCUCCAAGGCUGACCAGGGCAGGAAGAGAAACUCAGCUCUUGAGAUCCUAGACCUGUGGAAGAUCAUUGAUGGACUUCCAUAUUCCCACUCUCCAAGGAUGACCAAAAGGACAAUGGGAGAAACGUUUGUCAAAGCGAAGACUGGAGAUCUGCACAUACUGGACAAGAAUGUUCCCAAGGAAGAAGCCACCCUGGACUCAGAGAGUUAGCCAUACCUCACUCUUCCUUCAUUUCCAGCUCA